CCAAUAAGUUUGCAUCAUUCUUCCGGUGUGUGGUGGGUAAUGUUUUUACCGUUUGCAAAGAUAGCGCUGUGUAUUUCAUGGAGCAAAAUUGGUGAAUGAGCAAUCCUGAUGUUACCGUUUUCAUAAAGCGUGAUAAGCAACGUAAAAUAUUCAACCGUCUACACUUAGCUAUAAAUCGGUUUUGCAGGUUUUCAGUUUUGCACGACUUGCCAUCUAAUACUUUAGCUAGUCGUUUGUUUGGUUACUCUCCUUUCCGUGUUUCUGAGCUGUACUGGUACAGCGAUCGAAGGAUGAAUUACAAGGAGUCUCCAACGUUAAUAGGCCUGAUAAAAUUGAAAAGCAGAGGUUUUCCCUCCAGCUGUAUACCAUAAACUUUAAAGGGAAUUUACAGAUCUGUGGCCAGCAAGCUUUGGUUACAAGGAGUGUAAGCAUGGAUAACAAAAUGAGAAGAAGCUCCAAACUCUGUGCUGUCAAAAUCAAGUCAAGUUAUAACUGUGAAGCCCAUAAGCUGGGCAGGUUAAUUAAAAAGGAACAUGGUUGUGGUCCAUGUGCAUUUUCUCGCUGUCAUACUGAUAUGGACCACAGUGACCCUGCCUUCAUGAAACAGGAGACCGUCCACAUUAAAGAUGAACAAAAUGAAGUUGAAGUUCACAGCAUUCAGAUAAAGGAGGAUGAUGUGGAAAUGGAGUCCCUGGAUUCAGGCACAGUGUUGAAAGGUGACUGCAAGAAACAAAUUUUGAGGCCCCAAGACAUCAAGCCUGUUUUAAGUAAAUUGGAGCCAGAUCCCAUUCAUGCCAAACAGGAAUCAAUCCUGAUUAAAACCGAACCCAUUCUGGAUUCUGAAUGCCAGACUGGAAAGACCAAGAAAGAACAUGAAUGUUUUGAGGUCAAAAAAGAAGAUCAGGGGGAUGGGUCAUCAGAUCUCAAGGGGGAUCGAGAAGAAGCUUAUGAUGAGCAUCGUACUGACAGCGAGUCCCCUCCCCAGUUUUUCCCUUGUCCCCACUGCGUUGUCUCCUUCACUGGUUCCUCCUACUUGGAGAAGCACCUGAAAUGGACCCACCAGCUGCAGUACCAGGCCCUCCUCAGAAGCCGAGCCUCCAAAGUCGAAGGCAGCCCAGAGGCCCUGGAGAGACACAGCUGCCCCGAUUGUGGCCUCGGCUUCCCGUUGCGCCGCCAGCUAGCUGUCCACGCACGCCGUCAGCACCCGAGCACCCCCCCACAGAAGCGACACCCCUGCCCGCAGUGUCCCCGCAGCUUCCACUACCUGGCCAGCCUGCAGAAGCACUGCAAACAGUGGCACCAGCUGGCCACUGUGUGCCGGGACGGCCGGCUAACCUGCGCCAGCUGUGGGGAGGGCCUUGGCACUCUGGGUGGGCCGCACGUGUGCCCCGGCUCUGAGACCAAAGCGGAAACGGGCCCCACAACCACUGCUGAUGGCAGCUUCCUCUGCUCUGUCUGCAGCAAGACCUGCAGCACCAUGCAGAACCUGCGCGUGCACAUGCGCACGCACACAGGCGAGAGGCCAUACACCUGUACUGACUGCGGUAAGUGCUUUGCUGAGAGGGGCUCCCUGGCCAAACACGUGCGCAUCCACACUGGCGUCAAGCCCUUCAAGUGCCCCGACUGUGGCAAGCAGUUUGGCAGGAUGAGCCACCUGACAUCCCAUCGUCUGACCCACUCGGGCGAGAAGCCAUUCGUGUGUGGCGAGUGCACUCGGCGCUUCACCCAUAAGGCGGACCUGAAGACGCACCAGCGCACACACUCUGGGGAGAAACCCUUCCGCUGUCCUGACUGUGGCAAGGACUUUGCCAUUAUGGGCAACCUGCGGGCUCACCAGCGGGUGCACAGCAAGGAGAAGAGCCACCAGUGCGGCGAGUGUGGCCGGAAGUUCGGCGAGGCAGCUGUGCUGAAGAAGCAUCUACGCACACACACAGGUGAGCGGCCCUACCAUUGCACCGCCUGUGGCAAGCAAUUCAAUCGUGUACAGCACCUGAAGACGCACCAGCGCACGCACACCGGCGAGAAACCCUACCGCUGCGGUGACUGCGGCAAGAGCUUCAGCCAGUCGGGUGACCUAACCAAGCACCGGCGCACUCACACCGGGGAGAGGCCAUAUGCCUGUCCCGACUGUGAGCGCACCUACAGCAACUCGGGCGACCUGCGCAAACACAGCCGCAGUCACACGGGACAGAGGCCCUACAGCUGCCAGGAGUGCGGCAAGAGCUUCCGCAUGAUCCACCACCUGAAGGUUCACGUCAGGACGCACACAGGGGAGAGGCCGUACUCCUGUCCGCAAUGCCCACUGAGCUUCAGCCGGCCUCACCACCUUUCCUCACACCUCAAGGUGCACUGGGACGCCACCCAGAGAUCGACUCCAGCAGAGAGGAGCAUAAGUAGCAGUGCCCAUGCUAGCUAAGCUAAUCUAAUAUCUGCGAUCUGUCGACGCCAAUCAAAAUAAAUUAUGAAACCAAUUAUUUAUUUUGCAAUAGUGUAUUGCCUUCUGGAACCUGACGCUCUGUAGCUAGCUAAUGAGGAAAUACUAGUUUUUACUAGCAUCCUUGGUUGUUUUUCUGCUGUGAAUAACUUGACUAUUGGCAAAUAUUUACCAGUCUAAACCACAUCAGUAUUUUAUGCUAGUGUGAGGCCAGUUGAUUUGGUAAAAAAUCAUUUAAACCGAUGAUUUGCUAAUGUAGAGAUCUGCUUCGUGUGAACAUAAUGCUCAUCCAUUAGCGUUUAUCAAAAGGUUAAAAGCCUUGCAUAUCACCUUGUAUGAAAUAAAUUACUCAAGUCAUUCUCCACAUAAAAGAUUAUUAAUCGGUAGCCAAAGAGUGAUGCAUGUGUGCCUGUAAUAUCUAUGGACUCCUGUUCUGGUGGUUAUGUGUCAUUAUGUCCUUACAUAAAUAUUAUGUAGUCGUCUCAUCUCGGCUCCAAUGUGGUUAUACGAAAGAACAAAUAAAUUGUUGACAGUCUCCA